AUUCCAAACUAUGGGACUUGAUCAUGAAUGCGUGCGGAAAAGCGCUGGUAUGAUUUGUGUUAAAACACUUUCGUAAACUGAUAUGUAAACUUCUACAUAUAUUCUUUCAAAAAAUCUCUGUGUCAACUGAUAAGUACAACAGCAACUGAACAACUCAAUGUCAACUGCUCAAGGUGGCUUGCUAGUGACCAUCUUUUACUGGAUUUUAGAAAAAGGUUUCAGACUUGCACGUUUCUUAUUACAUCUCUUUCUGACGCUGAUCUAUCAAGGCAAAGGAAAACAAGUAUCACCUAUCCGCAAUGAACUUAUUCUCACUUCGGCCACGAAACUUGCUCAGAAAAUACGAGAAGGAAAAAUAAAAUGCGAAGAUGUCAUACAAGCAUAUAUAGACAGGAUUCUAGAAGUGGAGCCUGUCAUCAAUGCUACAGUACAGCGAAGGUUUUCUGAGGCUUUAAAAGAAGCUAGAGAUGUGGAUGCUCUUGUUGCCUCUGGAAAAUUUACGAAAGAACAACUGGCUGAACAAAAACCUCUGUUGGGGGUCCCAUUAAGUGUAAAGGUAUUUCUCACGGUAAAAGGCUUGAAAAGUACAGCAUCGUCUAAACUCUUCAAAGACGUUAAAGCCACAGAAGAUGCCCCAACAGUGGCCGCAAUGAAGAGCGCAGGUGCUAUCAUUUUGGCAACCACAAAUACUCCCGAGAUGGGUCUAAAUUUAGAGAGCGCUAACAAACUUUGUGGCAGAACUUACAACCCCUAUGAUACUAGUAGAACCAGUGGAGGAAGUAGUGGCGGCGAAAGUGCUCUAAUCAGCGCAGGUGGUUCCGUCAUUGGCUUGGGAAACGAUCUGAUAGGUAGUAUCAGAAUACCCUCUCUUUUCACAGGACUUUUUGGGCAUAAGCCGAGCAGAGGUAUGGUUUCUUCAGAGGGAUGUUUUCCAGUACCUAAUUCUAAACUUCUAAAUUUAGUAUCUACUGGUCCCAUAAGCAGAUAUGCUGAAGAUCUUGUGACAACCAUGUCUGUACUCACAGCUCGCAAAGAAAUGCUUAUUAAAUUUGGACAAUCUGUGAAUUUUUCGGAUGUAAAAAUAUUCUACAUGCUUUCUAUGGAUGUACCCUUCGCCGCCCCUGUUCAGAAGGACUUUCAAGAAGCUAUUAAAAUGGUCAUCUCUUAUUUCCAAAAUACUUACGGAGUGAUCGCCAAAGAAAAAAAUAUCUCUUUACUCAAGCAGAGCAACUUAAUAGCAUUUCACGUCCUGUUAUCUGCUGCAGGGAAUAUUACACAUACUCUCACAUCUGGCAAAAAGAACGUCAACAGAGUCACAGAACUCUUCAAGUGGUUCAUCGGAAUGUCCGAUUUGACAAUGCCAGCUGUUUUAACGAUGAACUUUGGUAAGAGUCCAUUAUUUUACAGCAAAACAAAUGUAGCAUAUUGCGAAAACCUAGCCAAGCUACUAGAUAAAGAAUUUGACACGUUCCUAGAUGAAAAAUCUGUAUUUCUUUUCCCUACUUUUCCUACAACAGCACCUUAUAACAAUGAAGCUUUAUUAUAUAUACCAAGCUCAUGCUAUUGCAAUAUUUUCAAUACCCUGGGUCUUCCAUCUACGCAGUGUCCUUUAGGACUUAAUAAGCAAGGCCUACCAAUUGGAAUUCAGAUUAUAAGUUGCAGAAACAAUGAUCCACUGACUAUUGCUUUUGCUGUUGAGUUAGAGAAAGCUUUCGGCGGUUGGGUAAUGCCACGAAUUACAGAAACAUGAAAAAUACCCUUUAUUUUGAUUAUCAUCUCUAGUUAUUAACACAGGCAGCUAAAAGAAAAGAUUGCUGUACAUAUAUCUGCUUUGUAGGGUUUUUUGCAGAAUUAGACAAAAUAUUAAAAAUUAUCCUUAUUAUGAAUAUAACUUUUGUUUUCUUGUAGGUAUGUUUAACAAUUUACAAAUUUAUACUGAAUAAUUAUUGAUACUGCAAUACUGAAGUCAUUAUUAAAAUAAACUUCUGUAUUUAAUUGAAAUUUAGAUAAAUAAAAUUUCAAUAUUUAUUAUUUAUUCCAUCAUAAUGAGAAAUAUUUGAGUCACAGAUUAUGCAACUAUGAGCCAUUAGAGGAGCUGUCCUCUAACUAUUGUUUUUACCUUGAACACGUUUUCAUACUCGACUACUGUUAAGAAACUUAGACAUAAAAGCAUCUAAACAUUUAUUAAUAUUUUUAAACACUCAAAAUAUAAGAAACAUGACUGAUCGGAUAAAUAAAUGAAAAACCGAAAAAGAAAUUAAAAGUACAUUGCUGAUGCCAAUACUUUUCAUAAAGUUAAGUAAUGUAUGACUAACAGUUUUAAGAUUUCUGAAAAAAAUUUCUAUACCUGGAACAAUCCCAGUUAUUAAAUUGAUGUUCAGGAAUAACUUCUGUACUUCUAGAAAAUUUCUUUCAUAGAAGAAACGUUUCCAUCAUUUGGAUUGUUUUAAAACUAAAAACCUAUAAUUUCUUCUCUUGCUAUAUUGUUAGGCGAAAAAUCAUUUAAUUUGUCAAAUCAAGACUGAAAUAUUAUACGACAAGCAACAGAAGUUUUAAAAGUUUUCGACGAGGUAACGUAAGAACAUAUAGUGUCAUCAGAACUAACUAUAUGUCAUUUAAAAAUAGGAAUUUUAGCAAGAUUAAUAGCAAGUCAGAUGAAAGUUUACAAGAACAGAAACAAAGGCUUGGGGUUCUUAAAAGUUAUAGAGUUGUUAAGUGAUGAUAUACUGAAAGGGAUGUUAGAACGGUUAAGACUUAUCUCUAAUAACGAGUUGGUGAGGCAGGCAACUUUCCUGGAUUCUCCGCUUUAAAAAACAGGGUUCGUUGAUGAUCUAAAAUAGCGAAAAUGCUACGAUAAUGUUGUAAUAAUAAUGGAAACUUUAGGUGUACAUUAUCAGAUGCUCCAAAUACAGUAGUUAAUUCCAGCUGUAACAUCUAAUGAGAGCUCUUCCAUACGGGAGAAGUUCGAUGAAACUAUGAACUUCAAGGAGCAUAGGACUCGGGAUCUGCUGCAAUAGUGGAAUUUAAUAAAUAUUUAUCGGACGAUUAUUUACUUAGAAGCAAUGACCCCUUAUUGCGGUGGGAGUCCCGAAAGUUAAUGUAUCCCAUGUUGUAUGAAUUUGUUCUAACACGAUUAUGCAUCGCGACUAUUUCAGUGCCCUGCGAACGGAUCUUUUCGAAGACAGGCCAGAUAUGCACUGAGAAAAGAAAUUGCCUUCCGUCGGGAAAGUUAACUAAUACUAUGUUCAUAAAUCAAAAUCUUGAUCAGUAUUUUGAUGGUAAACUGGUAUAUUUUAUUAAAUUUUUUAUGUUAAGUAAUUUUUUAUUGCAUUCUUUGUAGUGUUGGUAAUUCUAGUGUUAGGUAUUUUAACAUUGCGUUUUGUCGUAGUAAUAAAACCCCAAUUAUAGUAAUAAAAUAAUGCAACCGUUAA